AAACAAAGGAAAGGAUGGGGGGAGAUCGAUCGGAUACGCGGUUCGGGAACGGAUUCGAUGGUAUGAGAAAGGCGUACCCCAGCCGUUCCGGCAACUCUCAGACCGUAGAUUUGAUUUUGGGUCUUACCCCAUUCAAGCUUCUUCAACACACCUCUCGACUGUUACCCACCUCCAUAUCGUGGAUCGCGGAGGGAAGUUACCGAAGUUACCAAAGUACUCGAUGUACUCUGUACAUUCCAGAACACACAACUUUGUUUACUCGAUAGGUGAUGCUUCUGUCAUCACGAUGAUGAUGAUGAUCAGGGGGAACUCUUUUAGCUGUGGUCUCUUCCCCUUGUCAUGGAUUGGUUCCCACUAAUGUCCACAUUGCCCUUCCUACAGCCUGAGGAUUGGAACCUGAUUAAGAAACAUGAUCGAGCAUCUAGUUUCCAGCGGUGAAGUCUUUCAAAUGGCUGGCUCGCUUUGCAAUGGUCCCUCUCUGGUUGCAACGUGUGGAAUGUGAAAGGAAAGAUAGACGAAGACGCUAUAGACACAAGUAAUUGCCUCAAGCUUUAGCUUUGAUAGAAAGACUUUGACUUUUUGAGUCAACAUUCCACUAUCCUUUUUGGUAAAUGGUAUAGAAUUUGCUAGCAUUUCCCUUAUCAUCUUCCUAUAGUGAGAGAAAAAAGAACAAGGAAAAGCUAGAAAAUAUUCCAUUUACCAUCUGCAACUCCACAAAUUCUGAAGGAAGAGUUUCAAAAUCCCUGGAAUUCAGUGAAGUUAUAGAUCUCAACACUCGAGUAAUUGCUUUUCUUCGGUUGAGUUAGCCUUACAUGCAUCAUCAGAUUAUUUAGUUUCUCAACUUUCCUCCCUGAUAGAAGAAGAAGAAGAAAAGAUGUGGGAUCUCAAUCGCUCUCCUGAUCACAACGACGACGGUGCUGAUACGCCAGGAGCCGUGGCUGGCAGUGUUGCCGCUGAGCUGGUUGCAUCUUCCUCUUCUUCAUCAUCAGCUCGUCGCUGCAAGUACGAUGUGUUUUUGAGUUUCAGGGGUCCUGACACUCGCAAGGGGAUUACAGUCGAAAUACGCGAUCAACUGCAGAGCAGGGAUGUUAUAACAUUCAUGGAUGAUAGAGGUCUUGAACCAGGGGAUCCUAUUUCUCGCAAGCUCAUAGAAGCAAUUGAAGAAUCAAGGUUUGCAAUUGUUGUCCUUUCUCCAAACUAUGCCUCUUCUACGUGGUGUUUGGAGGAACUUGCUAAGAUCUGUGAGUGUAUGGAAGACAACAGAAUUCUGCCACUUUUUUACAAUGUGGAACCCUCUAAUGUUCGACAUCAGAAGAAGAGGAGUUUUGGAGAAGCUUUUUCUAAACAUGAAACCUCCGGGCGACACACAUCAAAGAAGAUUCAACUGUGGAGGGAUGCAUUAGAAAAAGUGGCCAGUUUAACUGGGUGGGAUAGUAACAAUUUUAAGACUGAAAGAGAACUUGUGGAGGCAGUUGUAGAUUCUGUGUGCAAAAGAAUACAACCUUUUGACGUUGAGUUUACAAUGUCCACCGGAGAUUUUGAAGAGUUUGGAGCAUCAAGAAAAGCCAUGGAUGAGGUUAUGAAGGCGCUUAUAGAUGACAACGUCACAGCCAUUGGGGUCUACGGCAUGGGGGGCGUCGGCAAGACAACCCUGGUGAAACAUGUCGCUGAAAAAUGCAGAAAAAGUGGGAUUUUUCAUGAUGUGAUUAUGGCUGUCGUAUCCCAAAGCCUUGACUUGAAAAAAAUUACAAGACACAUUGGCAGAUCUGCUGGGACGCUUCGAAUUAAAAAAGAAGACAGAAGCUGGAAGAGCAAAAAAGUUGCAUAAGGAGAUCAUGAGAAAAGAAAAACUCCUGAUAAUUGUG